AUGGGGUGCCCACCCCCACCCCCACCCCUACCUGGCACUUCCGGCCCCGCUGUAGUGGAUGGCGUGGAGGAGGUCAUCGUGGCUCAGGUGGAUCACGGCCUGGGCUCCGCCUGGGUCCCAAGCCACCGGCGGGUGAACCCGCCCACACUGCGCAUGAAGAAGCUGAACUGGCAGAAGCUGCCAUCCAACGUGGCGAGGGAACGCAGCUCCAUGUGGUCCUCGCUGAGCAGCCCGGGCGCCGAGGUGGUGGAGCCCGACUUCUCCAGCAUCGAGCGGCUAUUCUCCUUCCCCGUGGCCAAGCCCAAGGAGCCAGCAGUGGCCCAGACCAGGAAGGAGCCCAAGGAGAUCACUUUUCUGGACUCCAAGAAGAGCCUAAGCCUCAACAUCUUCCUGAAGCAGUUUAAAUGCUCCAAUGAGGAGGUCACCGCUAUGAUUCGGGCGGGGGACACCACCAAGUUUGACGUGGAGGUGCUCAAACAGCUCCUCAAGCUCCUUCCUGAGAAGCAUGAGAUUGAAAACCUGCGCUCCUUCACGGAGGACCCAGCCAAGCUGGCCGUCGCUGACCAGUUCUACGUUCUCCUGCUGGACGUUCCCUGCUACCAGCUGCGGGUCGAGUGCAUGCUGCUGUGUGAGGGCACGGCCGUCGUGCUGGACAUGGUGCGGCCCAAGGCCCAGCUGGUGCUCGCCGCCUGCAAGAGCCUGCUCACCAGCCACCAGCUGCCCGUCUUCUGCCAGCUGAUCCUGAAAAUCGGAAACUUCCUCAACUACGGCAGCCACACAGGUGACGCCGACGGCUUCAAGAUCAGCACGCUGCUGAAGCUCACGGAGACCAAGUCCCAGCAGAGCCGCGUGACGCUGCUGCACCACGUGCUGGAGGAGGUGGAGAAGAGCCACCCGGACCUCCUGCAGCUGCCCCAGGACCUGGAGCAGCCCUCCCAGGCGGCAGGGAUCAACCUGGAGAUCAUCCAUUCGGAGUCCAGCACCAACCUGAAGAAGCUUCUGGAGAUGGAGAGGAAGGUGUCCUCCUCCAUCCCGGAGGUGCAGGAGCAGUACGCCCAGCGCCUCCAGGCCAGCAUCGCGGGCUCCCAGGCGCUGGAGGAGGUGUUCCAGGCCAUCGAGCAGAAGAAGCUGGAGCUGGCCGACUACCUGUGCGAGGACGCCCAGCAGCUCUCGCUGGAGGACACGUUCAGCACCAUGAAGACCUUCCGGGACCUCUUCCUCCGCGCCCUGAAGGAGAACAAGGACCGGAAGGAGCAGGCGGCGAAGGCCGAGAGGAGGAAACAGCAGCUGGCAGAGGAGGAGGCGCGCAGGCCACGGAACGAGGACGGGAAGCCUGUCAGGAAGGGAGGCAGGAAGCAGGAGGAGGUGUGUGUCAUCGAUGCCCUGCUGGCCGACAUCAGGAAGGGCUUCCAGCUGCGGAAGACAGCCCGCGGCCGAGGGGACGCAGAUGGGGGCAGCAAGGCAGCCGCUGCAGAGCCCCCGAGGGACAGGGCGCCUGUGGCCACCAGUGACCCCACGGGAGGUCCCAAGGCAGGCACCAGUUGCCCAGCCUCUAAGCCCAUUGUUGACACUCCAGUGGCCACAGAGCCCCAAGGCUGGGACCUUAUGGAUGCUACCGCCCCCAGCCCGCCCCCCGCCGAAGAUCCAUCAGAGGAGGGCGGCCCGGGUCCGCUGGAGAGGCGGUCUUCCUGGUACAUCGAUGCCUGUGACUUCCUGGCCAUGGAGGACCCCCAGGGCCCCCAGCCCUCUGCAGAGGCCUGCUCAGUGGGGCUGGGAGACACUCGAGCCCUGAAGCCCCUCCAGUUCUCCAGUGACAAGCCCCCCGGGGCCAUGGGUUCCAGCCAAGACACUGAGGACCCCACAGCGCCGAGGGGCGCCCACCAGGCUGAGGCCGACAGCACAGGCGAGGGGCCAGAGGACGCAGCUGCCCAUGGCUGUGAUGCCAGCUUCCCCGCCACAGUGCCCGGUGAGGAUGGGGACAGGGACGAGGAGGACACAGCCCCAGAUUCCGCACUGGACACAUCCCUGGACAAGUCCUUCUCGGAGGACACAGUGACCGACUCCUCGGGAUCUGGCACCCUCCCCAGGGCCCGGGGCCGGGCCUCGAAGGGACCAGGCAAGAGGAGGAAGCAGCGGUCCAGGAGAAUCCAGGAAGAGGUUGCCCCAGACACUGACGAUAAUAAAACAAAAAGGUUCUGUGUGAUCCAGUAAGGUACGUACACCGCCUGGCUCUGCACUAACGGGGCGGCAGAGGCCCGGCCCGCGCCGGGCCCCUCCUGGGCACUAACCUGG